UACAGUUGAGCAUCAGCAAUCCAAGAACACAACCGUGUACCUGGGUCUAGGGUUUUCAAUUCUGCUUCAUUCCCCGUUUCGUGUUUGUCCGAUGGCGAGCUUAACAGGAGAGCUACACUCUACUGAGAUGCAAAAGGGGACUGCAGCCAGAGGUUUUGAAGUUUUUGUUGGUGGAUUACCUCGAAGCAUCACCGAAGGAAAGAUUCACGAGGUGUUCUUCCCAUGUGGUGAUAUAUUGGAAAUACGAAUGAUAAAGGAUCCGAAGGGCAAUCUGAAGGGAUUUUGCUUUGUCCGGUUUGCAACGAAAGAAGCUGCAGUCAAAGCUGUGACAGAAAAAUCUGGUGUUAUGAUUGAUGGAAAGAAAAUUGGUGUUCUUCCAUCAAGCGAACAGGAUACUCUGUACUUUGGAAAUCUUAACAAAGCUUGGACUGUUGAUGAUUUUGAGAGAAUGGUGCUCCAGGUUUUCCCCGAUGUUGAAUCUGUUGAUCUCGCAAUGCUUAAAGAUAUAUCAUCAAAUCAAAAGCAUCGGAAUCGCGGUUUUGCUUUUGUGAAAUUCUCAUCUCAUGCUGCUGCCGCACGUGCUCUACGGGUGGGGUCUCAACCAGAAUUUCGUCUAGGGAAUUUGCACCCAUCUGUUCAGUGGGCAGAACAUGAUCCUGAGACUGAUCCACGGGAACAUGCUAAGGUUAAAAUAGCAUUUGUGAGAAACCUGCCCGUUGAUGCAGAUGAGAAUUACUUGAAGCAAUUUUUUGAGCCUUUUGGCAAGGUGGAGAAAGUUGUUGUGUCUAAGAAAAGUGCCCAUCCUGUUGGGUUUGUUCACUUCUCUGAGAGAUCAGAUCUUGAAAAAGCUGUCAGGGAAUUGAAUGAAAAAAAAGUUCGAGGGCCUAACGGUGGUCAAAUGCUUAAAUUAGAGGUUGAAAUUGCCAAACCUAUGGACAAAAACAAGAAGCGAGGUCGUGAUAAUUCAGAAAGUAAAUCUUCUGUUCAGAGUCAUUCCAAGCAUUUAAAGGAGGGAUCUGGUGUUGCUUUGUCCAGAAAUGAAGAUUCUCAUCUCCCAAGGGAACUGGAACCAGCUGAUCCUUAUGAGGAUGUUGUUAUGUCAUUGCCAUUAGGCGUUAAAGAGCGCUUACUUCAUAUUCUACGGCUUGGGAUUGCUAAUCGAUAUGAUCUUGACGUAAGAAACCUGCAGAGUUUGAAGGAAUUGCCGGAGCAUAUUUCUAUUUCAAUCCUGGAGCAGUUCAUGGAAUCUGGAGCUGCUUUACCUGACAAAGGAACAUAUCUGUCUGGACUGAUUGCAAGACAAGUUGAUAGAUUGAGAUUGGAUCGGAAUUUGGGUGGUGGUUUGCCGGUACCUGUGGAUACUACUCAUAGUGAAGCUAGGCACUACAGCUUCUCGCGCCAAGUAUCUCCCCCUCCCAUCAGUUCUUUUAGUUCUCGCACGCAUUCGACCAUGCCUAGGCCUGACAAUUACAUGCCGAGCUAUUCGCCACCACCUCUUCCUCUCCCAGAUUAUCCAGUGCCCGGUCGAUCCCUUCCUGCAAGAAUUGAUGACAAAGGUUCUGAUUAUCUUUUACCACAUCGGCCCGUCCAUGGAUCCCAAAGCGUCUCAAUUCCAAGAAUGGGGAUGCUGGAUGAAAGAAGCCGGUCUCCCUACGAGCCGCCACUAGGCGCAUCUGUAUCUUACGGAAGAACUGGUUUAAGAACUGAAGAACGGCGUCUAUCACCAGUUCUAAAAGCGCCUGCUGCACCAGCAUCUUAUGAUAGGGCUGUGGCCAGCCAUCAAACCCGGCGUUCUCAAUUAAGGUUCGAUCCUUUCACCGGUGAGCCCUACAAAUUCGAUCCUUUCACUGGGGAGCCAAUUCUCCCCGAGCAUACACUCCGCCGGUACUGAUCAUCUGAACAGAUUUUGUUGUGAAUCCGAAUAGCAACUUCUCUCAUUCCCAAACUGAUUUAUUCACUGAUUUAGUUA